CCCGCCGCUGGUCGGCGCUGUGGUCCGGGCCUCUGCUCCGGCUCGGGUCGUAGUCUAUUAUCUUCCGGGUUGAAAGGUCGUUGCUUCUCUUCCAGCGGUCCGAGUUAACAUGGGACGCGUCAGGACCAAGACGGUGAAGAAGGCCGCCAGGGUCAUCAUCGAGAAGUAUUACACCCGUCUGGGCAAUGACUUCCACACCAACAAGAGGGUGUGUGAGGAGAUCGCCAUCAUCCCCAGCAAACCACUGCGCAACAAAAUCGCAGGGUAUGUAACCCACCUGAUGAAGCGGAUCCAGCGUGGUCCAGUCAGAGGAAUCUCCAUCAAACUUCAGGAGGAGGAGAGAGAGAGGAGGGACAACUACGUCCCAGAGAUCUCAGCUCUGGACCAGGAGCUCAUCGAGGUGGAUCCAGACACGAAGGAGAUGCUCAAGAUGCUGGAUUUUGGAGGCCUCUCAAACCUUCAGGUGACUCAGCCAACUGUCGGCAUGAACUUCAAGACACCACGAGGACUUUGAAAUCAUGUACAAUAUUCCUCCAAAUAAAUCAUCUUAAAGAAUGGCCUGUC